AAUAGCGUACACAACGCAAUUGCACAACGUACACAACAGAAAAGUGAAUGUGUAUCUUGUGUUUUUAGGGAGGUUGGGGGAGAAGUUGGUGUGUUUCGUAUUAUUCUGUGAGAGGGUUGUUUUCUUACAUUUAAUAGUGCUUAAAAAAUCUAACAUUCAUAUUUGAUUAUGAAUUAAAAAUGUCGUGCAGCUCAGAAAAUCCAGAUAAACUUGACAGCAAGACAUCACACGUUUCUUUGGAAGAUCUCUUCGAUUCUCAUAGAAUUCGAGGUCAAUUAAACUUGGUCAAAAUAGCUUUGUAUUUCCCAUUUGGACUGCUCCUUCUGCUAAUACGAUUAUUAUUUAGCUCUUUGGGAUUGCUGAUUUUAUCUCUGCUUCCUAGAACAUCUUAUGCUAGAAGAUUCAUUUUUAGAGGAAUAUGUAAAGUCCUUGGCUUGAUAGUACAGAUUGAUGAUAAAUUCUUUGAUAGGACUGCUAAACUAAUUAUAGCCAAUCAUGUCAGCAUCUUGGAUCGUUUGGCUGUGAAUAUGAUGAUACCUUGUAAUACAAUAAGAAAAGGGUUUCAAAUAAAGGAUAUGAAUGAAGUAUCUUGCUGGAAGGAUGCAGAUGUUGGGUAUUCAAGAGAAAUAACUGAAGAUGAUAUUAUAACAUUACUUACAUGUACUGAAGGUUCUGCUAUGCCCAUUUUGAAUUUCCCUGAGGAUGCCAUUACAAACGGCAAAGUUGGCCUUCUCAGAUUCCAUCCUGGAAUUUUCUCUUUGAAUUUCACUGUUCAACCAGUAUUUAUUCAUGUUGAAUCAUCCUUCAUCACCAUUUCACCAUCAGUCCUAGGAAGUAAUGUUUGGUUGGACAUAUUAUGGCUUUUCUUCCUGCCUUAUACAAUUUACAGUCUAAAGAUGUUACCAAGCAUUGCAAAAUUACCCAAUGAAUCUCUUGAAGACUUCAGCAAAAGAGUGCAACAAUCCAUGGCUGAUGGUUUGGGUGCAGCUGCAACAAAUUAUACUUCUUCAGAUAAAGUAGAACUUGUAAAACGCCUCCAAAUGACCACCUCUAUAACUGCAUCACCUAGUAAUUACUCUGGUGGGUCAAGUACUCCAGAACUUACUCAGCAUUCAUCUGUAUCAUUCCAGACCGAAAAUGCAGUUUCUGCUAGCUCGAUAGCACAGCUCAGCUUAAACACUGCUGCAAAAACAUUUGGCAAAACUCCUAAAGAGCGCAUGCUUUCUUAUCAAGAAAGGAAACAGAAUUUGAUAAAAGCAGUUAGAUUGAAGUACUUAGUUAAACAUAAUAUUACAUGAGUAUAAUGCAGGACCAGAGGGAAAAAUGUGUGAAGUUUGUUAAAUUCAAAGUAUGUACAGGAUCUCGAAGAAGCUAUGUUUUUAUAACUCUGCAGAAUUUUUUACAUGUACAUUAAAAUUACAUACAAAAAAGUAUUAUUUAAUAAAACUAUACAGCAACCUAA